UAUAGUUACCUCACUACCCUGCCUCUCCAUACAUGGUUGAGUUCUGCGUUUUCUCGGGUAAUACAAAAUAAGAUUGCAGGAACUGAAGAUUAAUUAAUUUCGUGAGUGAUAAGGAAUUUUGCUAUCUUAAGACCGUUACAAUUCCGGUGAAAAGGCCAGAGAAUAUGGCUGAAAGUAGCAAGAAGCACAAGGGUGAAACACCUGAAAAAGUUGUCCCAAAUCAUGACCUGAACAGAAAGCCAAGGUUUAGGUGGACAGUGGAAAUCCAUGAGCGCUUUGUUAAAGCUGUCAAUGAAUUAGGAGGUCCUUAUGAAGCAAAACCGAAGAAUAUCGCGAAACUCAUGGAUGAUGAAGAUAUCACAGCAGAACAUAUCAAAAGCCAUCUCCAGAAGUACAGACAGAGUAAAGACAUCAUAGGCACCGCUAAAAGUACUAGUAAAGGCAAGUGCUUCUACAACUGAGAACAUUCAAUUCUCAAUUUUGGUAAACUUACUUGGACAAUCAAUUGAUUUGAAUUGAAUCAGGGAACUGCAUAUGAAGGCUGAAGCAGUAGAAUUAAUUCCUUCUUUUUUCUUUUCCCUUUUGGAUUUUAGCAGAUCAUAAAUCUUUAAUCCGAUGGGGAGAAAAAUGCCGAUCAGCAAAGAAGUAAGCUCAUCAGAGAUCAAUAUGCAAGGAAGUUAUAGUAUGACACUUGAGGUAGUUUGGUUGUUUACUAGAGUUACGCAGGUAUUAGUAAUGCAUAGAUUAAUUAUAUAAGGAUUAAUUAGUUAUGCAGGGUUAGUUAUGCAACGCUUAAUGAAUUAUUGAUGUAUUAAUUAUUCUAUCUUUUACCCUGCAUAG